GUCACAUCUCACGAAGACGAAGAAGAAGAUAAAGUGUUUACAUGUUCAGUUCAGUGGUUCCUCCAGAUAAUGAUUGGAAGGGUUCCCACCAAACUGGAAAUACAGGAUUAGAUACAUUAGAGUUAUUUUAUUAUAAACGUCCGCUUAACUCUUAUUUUACUUUAUUUUUCUGGAUGUAAGUGUUGGAUGUCCUUUUGUUGUGAUUGGCUGUUCGGGUAUGAGUUAGUUAACUAGCCUGUUAACCAGCAUGCUAACUAACUAGCUUCUCCAACGCUCAGUCUUUAUACAGAUGUUCUUCCUAGUUUCGGUUUUAAACCAGGCUCUUUUAAAUCGUGAUAAAAUUAAGUAAACUUAAAUAACGCUGUGUGAUGUUUCUCCUAGUCACCUUUAGCAUUAUGGUGCGUUUGACCACGAUGACAGAUCUUCCUUUUUUAUGACUUUUUGAGUCACUGCUCCUCACGGUGCCAAGUUUUUGCUGAUAGUUGGCUCGUUCGAAACUCUUUCUCUGUGAGGAGCCACGAAAGCUACUUUUUCCAGUUUAUGUCCAAAAAAUAAGUGUUUUUGUCUCCUUUUUUACGGUUUUGUUAAACCAGUAAGUUAAUAAUCAUGCGGCUCCUGUGGGGUUAUGGGAGUCUUAUUAUAUGUAGCGUUUUUAUAAUCACUUUGGGAAACUCUGAGGACGAUGACUGGAUCGACCCGUACGACAUGCUGAACUACGAUGCCUCUUCAAAAAGCAUGAAAAAGCCUCCUGAGGCCAGCAGCUACAGUAAUGUUCCCACUGAAAGAAGAGAGUACAGCUCUAGUCAGGAUGCCCAGUGUCCAGAUAUCACAGAGUGCACCAGUAAGGUGGACAGGUUACAAAGAGAGAUUGAAGAACACAAACAAAGCAUGUCAUUUACCUCACAGAAGCCAACGUGUUUUCCAGUGUUCAGACGAUUUCUCUCAAAACUUCUGAAGGAAAUCAGCAAAAUUGGAUUGCCUACUGAUGUGAAUCCUGACGUUCACUAUGAUGCUGAAGUGAAGCUAUCCAAGCAAAUGGUGGCAGAGAUUCAUAAACUUCUGAAUGAAGACAGCAGUUGGAGAACUGGGGCUCUGGAUGAUGCUCUUAGUCAAAUGCUUAUAAACUUUAAACUCCAUGAUUAUGAGGCUUGGAAGUGGCGCUUUGAGGACACAUUCAGUGUGGAGCUGGAAACUGUCAUUAAGGUCUUAUUGUUGGUCUUGGUGAUUGUGGGCAUCAUCUGCACCGAGAUGUGGUUCUCAGUGUCCUGGUUUGUGCAGUUUAAGAGAAUGUUUGCCAUAUGCUUCUUCAUCAGCAUAGUGUGGAACUGGUUCUAUCUCUACAAGAUUGCCUUUGCUGAAAGCCAGGCCAAAAUUGUUAAGAUGGAGAACAUGAAUGAGAAAUGUACUGGAUUGAAAAAAAUGGACUGGAAGGAUAAACUCAAGGAAUGGUAUAGGGCCACGUGGACACUUCAAGAUGAUCCUUGUAGGCAGUACUAUGAAGUGCUUGGUGUUGAUCCCAUUUUGCUAGUGCCUCCAACAAAGGCCAUCAUCAUGACAGUAACCACCUUUAUUACGGACCCUCUGGAACAGGUUGGACAAGGCAUUAGUGAGUUUCUGAGAGCCUUGCUUAAGGACCUGCCCGUCACCCUCCAAAUACCUGUCCUUAUCACUAUCGUGCUUGCCAUUGUGGUGUUUAUGUAUGGUAGUGCCCAAGCAGCUAUCCAGCAUGUUGUCUUCAGGCCUCUGCGCGGUAGACGUCAAGAUCCUCCUCCACCUGCAGUCCAGCAGCCUCGUGCUCCUCCUCUGAGGGAGCCGGACAGAGAGGAGGAAGAAGACCACUGGGGAGGAGGCAACGCUGGACGUGACCCACCGCCCAGGCAGCUUGAAGGUCAUGAAGGCAACAGAGUCAACCGUAUGGGGCACAGGCCGCACGAAGACUACCACAGGCCUGAAGUUCGUCAGAGGAGACCCCACAGGCCCAGAGAAGAGAAAAAGAGGGUGUAUGUGGAAACGUUACGGAAUGCAGACAGUCUUUACAGUGGCGAUGAGACAGACACUCUUCAGGGUGCUGCAGCUGAAGACACUGCUCCGCAACCAACAGCAAAUGAACCUCAAGCUGAUGGGGCAAAGCAAGAAAACAAGACAUCUGCUAAGAACAGUACAGAACAGAAACGCUCUCCACCUGCUGCAGAGGGACAAGGUUCCAACGUAGAUAACACAUCUUUGGGAGAUAAUCAAAGGAAUGAUGUGGAUCCAUCAGCAACUGUUUUGGACUCGAGCCACAAUGAGGAAUAUGUGGAAACACUUGGGACUCCAGUUCAAGAAAGAUUGCAAUAAUGCUCUGUUUUUAUAAGGAACUUUGUUAUUGUUUUGGUUUAGUUAUCUUUUGUAUGUUUUAUUAUGUUUUAUUUUAAUAAUGAUUUCUACAGAUCGAAACACUUGAAUAAAGAUUUAUUGAAAUUGA